AUGAUUCGAUUCAUUCUAAUUCAAAACCGUGCUGGAAAGACGCGUCUCGCUAAAUGGUAUAUGAACUUCGACGAUGAUGAGAAACAGUUCCGCAACUUCAAAAUUGUCUAUCGUCGUUAUGCUGGAUUGUAUUUUUGCAUCUGCGUCGACAUUGCUGACAAUAAUCUCUAUUAUCUCGAGGCUAUCCACAACUUUGUCGAGGUGCUCAACGAAUAUUUUCACAACGUUUGCGAGCUUGACCUCGUUUUCAACUUCUACAAAGUCUACACCGUCGUUGAUGAAAUGUUUCUGGCCGGAGAAAUUCGAGAAACCAGUCAAACCAAAGUUCUCAAGCAGCUUCUGAUGCUCACUUCACUUGAAUAA